AGAGCUCACCGCAAGUGACGGAGCGCCCAACGGCUCAGGAAGAUCCCAUUUUCCUUUCACUUCAUUCGGAACAGCUGCUGCAAACGAGGAACAGUAAAAUCAUUCCGUCUUGACAGGUCUUGCCACCAGCCACCUGCUCCCGCUAUACUGUAUCUGCCCGCCCAGCCACUGUGAAACGUCGCUAAUGGACCUCGCUGCAACAUUCAAGAUACAACAAAGAGCGGGGGUCCGCAACAGACGAUGAGAGGCAUCGAUGUUGUAGGGCACGCUUCAUUCCACCACCAUCCUCACCCUCGCAGAGCGAGUCGGAGAAGAUAUCUGAGCAUUCGUUCACCAGCACAUACGACCUCGAGGGAACCCUUUACACAGCUACGGAUUUCCGUAGCUUCAAACACCACCAGUGAAACGCUUGUCAGAGCUGCAGAGAAAGUGGCACGAAUGAAUUGGCAGAGCCGGCCUGGAAGCAAGUACUGUACUGUAGUGUACAUUGGCACUGUCGAGUCGAACAGAUUGCACACUCGAUCUUGUACAGUACAGUGUGAACAUGAAAGUUCGAUCAGGUUAUUUGGCAAGCGAUCGGAUCCUCGAAAGGGUUGGGCACACAUCGUGUGUGAUGCUACUACUGUACCAACGAUACUCCGCUCUACAUUCGGGGGCUACAGGAGGGAAGAGGGAGGGGGAAAAUCUCGGGCUACAGCACCGCACUGCACUGUAUCUCAACAGAUGAGUUCGCUCAUCUGGGCUUCGUGACAUCAUGUCAACGCCCGCUCGAGUUGCUCUCUUCCUCUUCACUCUCCACUCUCCACUCUCCACUCCUCAGCCCCAAGCUUAAGCUCGAGGCAACAUUUUUGCCUCCGGCCCGGCAAA